CGCGCAAGGCGCGCCGAGGUGGGAGUGUCUCCCGCGGAUCUGCAGAUGGCUGCAACGGUUAGGACUGGGCCAGGCUGAAGCCAGGAGCCAGGAGCUCCAUCCGGGUCUCCCGCGCAGGUGCAGGGGCCCAAGGACUUGGGCCAUCUUCCACUGCUUUCUCAGGCCACAGCAGAGAGCUGGAACAGAAGUAGUGCAGCCGGACUCGAACCAGCGCUUAUAUGGCAAACCAGCGUCCCAGGCAGUGGCUUAACCUGAAGGAGCUUGCUGGUCCGAGAGACGUGAAGCUGUGUGCGGCUGGCGGGGCCGAUCCUCGUCGCGUUUCCUUGGUAGUUGGAGAGAGACGGAAUCACGCGCACAGACAUGAACUUCACAGCCGGCCAAGGGCAGCCUGGGAAUCGAGACUGGACCCCGCAGGCCUGAUGUGUGUGCGGGAUAUUUUGGAAGACACAGCAAUCCAGUGGCAAGCAAAUGGGACUGAAGAUGACCAUGCAGCCUGAGAGGGCAGUGACGUCGGUGCCCACGCUGGACCUCCCUGACCCGCAGGUGGCCGGGGCUUGUGCUCUGCCUGCUCAGGACCCACCCUGGGUGCAGGAGGGCAGCAGAGAGGAGGAAGCCCUGGCCCCAGGGUGGCCGUCUACCUGUUCCCAGGACGCAGUCACCUUUGCGGAUGUGGCCGUGGUGUUCACCGCCGAGGAGUGGCUGUUCCUGGACUCUGCUCAGAGGCGCCUGUACCGGGACGUGAUGCUGGAGAACUAUAGGAACCUGUCCGCCGUGGAACCUCAGCGUCAACCCCAAGGGUCCAUUCCUAGCCAAGACACUUUUGCGGGGAUUCCCUGCUUCGGCAUGAAAAAGGAACCCCCUCAGCCCGGAGGAGGGCUCUGUAGCUGUGACGUGCUCGGGAAGCCACUCCUGCAGCCUCGGCAGCCUUGCCCUGGAGAAGCCCCCCGCGCGUGUCCCAGGGGCGGGAAGUCCUUCUUCCCGCGUGCCCGCCUGCUCGUGCCCGAGAAACCCCACCGUGGGGAGAAGACCUUCGCGUGCGGCACGUGCGGCAAGUGCUUCCGGUACAGCUCCGACCUCACGAGGCACGAGAGGACUCACACGGCCGAGAAGUGCUUCGAGUGCCGGCAGUGCCGCCAGGCCUUCAAGUACUCCUCCAACCUGCGGCGGCACAUGAGGACGCACGGCGGGGAGAAGCCCUUCGCGUGCGGGCAGUGCGGCAAGACCUUCACGAGGAACUUCAACCUGGCCUUGCACCGGCGGAACCACACGGGCGAGAAGCCCUACGCGUGCCAGGAGUGCGGGAAAGCCUUCCAGCAGCCCUCGUCCCUCCGGAGCCACGCGAGGACGCACACCGGGGAGAGGCCCUUUGUGUGCGGCCAGUGCGGGAAGGCCUUCCGGGAGCACUCCUCGCUGAAGACGCACCUGCGGACCCACACGAGGGAGAAGCCCUACACGUGCGACCAGUGCGGCAAGCCCUUCCGCACGAGCACCCACCUGAGCGUGCACAGGCGGAUCCACACCGGGGAGAAGCCCUACCCGUGUGGCACCUGCGGCCAGGUCCUGAGUCGCCUCUCGACCCUGAAGAGCCACUUGCGGACCCACACAGGAGAGAAGCCCUACGCGUGCCAGGAGUGCGGGCGGGCCUUCCGUGAGCCCUCCUCACUCCGGAAGCAUGCCAGGACUCACACCGGCAAGAAGCCCUACGCGUGCCAGGAGUGCGGGCGGGCCUUCGGUCAGUCCUCACACCUCCUCGUGCACGUGCGAACCCAUGCGGCGGGGAGACCCUACCCGUGUGAUCAGUGUGAGAAAGCCUUCCGGCACAGCUCGUCCCUCACUGUGCACAAGAGGGUCCACGGUGGGCGAGAGAGCGUGGGGAGCAGCAGCCCGCCUCUGCCGGUGCCUGGUCCCCGCAGCGGCCCCCUUGCUAGUUAGCUUCUGGGGUUGAGAGGCGACACUGGGGGCUGUCGCUCAUCCUCCCAGUCCUUGCUUGGCUGCAUGCCGCGUCGUUAUGCAGUUGGUCCUCUGCACCACCUGCAGGUUCAGCCAACCACGGCCUCUUCAGUGAAUGUGCACAGGCUUUUUAUUAUUAUUCCCUAAGAAGAAAUGGCACCUAGCAGCUGUGUACAGAAGCUUCCUGCUGUACUGGGUGUUGUAAGCGACCCAGAGAUGACCCGUGUGUGGGAGGCUGAUGUGUGCUAGUUCUAUGCAGAUACUAUACCAUUUUAUAUCCAGGGUUUGGACAUCUGCAGAUUCGGGUGUUUUAUGUGUGUGUCUUGGAACCAAUCCCCGUGGACACCAAGGUGUGACAUUUUGGUUCGUUUCUAGCUAUGGUCUUCCAUCAUGACUUACUUUUUGGCACAUGAGUGAUUUGGGAUUAGACUUUCAAUCCUAGUACAGGGAUAGAUGUUCGUAAGAAUGUACUUAUUUAGCAUGAAAUACAUCAACCCGAAGUGCACAUGGAUGUUUGACAGAGGUAUAGUGCUUCUUGCCUUUUUUUUUUUUAAGAGCAGGCAUGACGUCCAGAGCUGGAAAAGCCAUCCUGUGAUCAUGUGGGUAAAAGCCACAGGCCAGUGAGUGUCGCUGGAAUCACAACCGUCCUGGUUUUCUAAUCUAAAAAGAAACACGUAGAGUAGUAGAUUUUUUUUUUUUUUUUUUUGUGGGCUAGGAGCCUGAGCUGACAUGGGCAAGCUGUUGGGAGCUGCCCAUCUGGGGUGCAGGGAGCCGCAGAGCUAAAUCUGUUUGGUUUUCAUCGGCCUCCCCAACAUUUACAGAUCGGGGCCAUUGUGGCCAUUUGGGGAGUGAGCCAGUGGAUGAAGAUCUCUCUCUCUCUGCCUCUGCCUGUCUGUAACUCAAGUAAAUAAACAAAUCUAAGAAAAAAAAAAGCAAUGUGGUCCAUGUAUACAGUGGAGUAUUAUUCAGUCAUGAAAAAACAACACAGUCCCGACAUUUACAGAAAAAUGGAUAGAACUGGAGGUCAUUAUGCUAAAAGUUUUUUUUAGAUAACAUUGUUAAUAUACAUUAUGGUUGAAGGUUUAAUGGCUCUACUGAAAAAAGUGUUCAACAAAUAAAAUGUAAAAAGACCACAGUCUGGAAAGAGAAUAAGCAGUGGGUGUGAACAACAGUCAGAUGAAAAGGUGUACAGCCUCACUCAUGUGAAGUCACUUAAAAUAAUCACAAAUAGUACGUACUACAGUAGUUUGUAAUUCCUAUCAAUUUUUGGACAAAUAUUAAAAGCAAUGUUUUGUCAAACAUUGUAUUUGCAACAAAAGUGGGCAUUUCUUUUUUUUUUCUUUUAAAGAUUUAUUUAUUUGAAAGGCAGAGUUACAGAGAAAGGGAGAAGGAGAGAGAGAGAGAGAGAGAGAGAGGUCUUCCACCUGCUGGUUCACUCUCCAAGCGCCUACGACAGCCAGGGCUGAGGCCAGGGACUUGGAACUCCAUGCAGAUGGCCCCGUGUGGGUGGCAGGGACCCACGUACUUGCGCCGUCACCUGCUGCCACCCGGGGUGCACACGUGCAGGAAGCUGGGAUUGGAAGUGGAUCUGGGACUCGAACCUGGCACUCUAACAAGGGGUGUGGCUAUCCCACGUGGCAUUUUCACCACUUCUGCGAGUGGUCACCUCCAAGAUGCUCAGCCUUUUCAUAGCUUUUGGCCCCAUCCUGAGCGCUCUCAUUUGGACAGCAGCCACCCCACUGCUUCCUCCCCCUCCUCCACUCUGAGGCCCCAGGCCAGCCCCUGGCCACCUGCACACUGCCCAGGGAUAGAUGUUCGGAAUAUUUGGGUAUAUACAGAUGCUACCCAGGCAUAGUUUUUUUCAUCACACACAUUUUCUUUAACUUUUUGUAGCUCUCAUGUGUGCGUGGAUUUCAAUUUUUUUUUUUUGCACAAAAGAUUAUCUUGUUAAUUCCAUUUUCCAGGCAUUUUAAAAAUGUCCCUAUAGAUCCUUAUCCUACCUAGAAAAUUGGGAGUGUGAAAAAAUCUUACAAGCUAUGAGAUCAUUUUCAUGAUGAAAAUGAGUUUAUUUACACUUUCAUCAAAAGACGGUCUGGGACUGUAGUUUCUUUGCAACCUGAACUCAGCUUCAUCACCAGGUGGCAUAGGACUGUAAGUGGGGUCUUAUGUACCUUUUUAAAAAUUAUCUUUGUAUUUUUUAUUUAGUUACUUAAUUAUUUAGUCAAAAGGCAAAACAAGAGAGAGAAAGAGAGAGCAAGUGAGCUCUUCCAUCCACUGGUUCACUCCCCAAGUGACCACAAUGGCCAGGGCUGGGCCAAUCUGAAGCCAGGAGCCAGGAAUUCAGUCUGGGUCUCCCACCUGGGUGCCAGAACCAAAAAUACGUGGGCCGCCAGUGCUGCGGCUCAACAGGCUAAUCCUCUGCCUGCGGCGCCGGCACACCGGGUUCUAGUCCCAGUCAGGGCGCCGGAUUCUGUCCCGGUUGCUCCUCUUCCAGUCCCGCUCUCUGCUAUGUCCCGGGAAGGCAGCGGAGGAUGGCCCAGGUCCUUGGGCCCUGCACCCGCAUGGGAGACCUGGAGAAGCACCUGGCUCCUGGCUUUGGAUCAGCGCGGUGCGCUGGCCACAGCAGCCAUUGGUGGGUGAACAAUGGAAAAAGGAAGACCUUUCUCUCUGUCUGUCUCUCACUAUCCACUCUGCCUGUCAAAAAAACAGAAAAGAAAAGAAAAAAAAUACGUGGGCCAUCUUCUUCUGCCUUCCCAGGUGCAUUAGCAAGGAGCUGGAUUGGAAGUGGAGCAGCUGGGACUCGAACCAGAGCUCCAAUACGGGAUGCCUGUGUGGCAAGCUACAGCGUA